AUGGCGGAUUCUCAUCCUUUCUCCAGGGGCCUGCCCGAGGCUACGACCACACCCUCGCUCCUUCCCGAUGACGGUCCAGGAACUCUGAAGCACAAACUAAUUCUGAUUCCGCCCAAACGACAGCCAACUCCCUGUCAAGACGACCAUGAAGACCAAGGAGGAGCGGUGCGGGAUCAGGUAAUGUUGAUGCGUCCAAAGCGGCUCCCCACGCCGUGUCAAGAUGGGCGUGGAGACGAUGACGAUGGAGGUGCCGUGUCUCGACGAAACAUGACGCUGGUUCCGCCAAAACGCCUCCCUACGCCAUGUGAGGAUGAUUCCAUCAAUGGCUGGAACAUGAUGCCCCAAUAUCCCACUAACUCUGCGCACAACCACAUGAUUAUUCCUUCGAGAGGUACCACACCGUUUAUCCCAGAGGGAGACGAGGAGCUCGAAGAUGGCGCAAAUGAAGGCUACUUUGGAGAUCAGGAGGCUUGGACCGGAAUGCCGGAACAACCUUGGGCAGAUAUGACCUUUCCGCAUCACUCUGCCCUGAUGAUGGUUCAGCAACCUGAGAGACGCCCGACUUUAACGGAUCACCUCGGUGCACUUGGCCUGAUGGCCACCAAUGUCCACGGGCAAGCACCUCCUUCCUGGAACCCCCAUUGUGCUCAAGGCAUGAUGAUGCCGAUGAUGCCCCAACGUUUGCCUACUCCCUUCAUCAUCGAAGGUGACGAGGGGGCAGAAGAAACGACAGAUGAAACAGAGGGACAAGAAGACUGGAGGGGUAAGAUGCUACCUCACCACUCUGCCCUAAUGAAUCUUCCACCAGAGAGACGUGGGACUCCAUUCCUCGGAGAGGGGGAAGAAGAACUGGGACAAGGCGAGCAAGACCUGACGCGUCGCUCCCUGCACUCCUCAUUUCCGGACUUGCGAAAUGAAAGGAUGACCCCCCCUCAGAGGUACGCGACCCCAUUCCAUGGUGAAACCGAUGACGACUGCAGCUUCGGUGAUGAGGAAGGAUGGAAUGAUGCAUUCAAUUCGUCCACGGAGCAGCUGGUACCACCAAGCAUGGAGCCAUCGCUCUUACGUACGGCGGAAGAGCCCCUGCAAGAACCUCAGGUUCGUUGUCAAGUCCCGACGGCGGAAGGAUCUGGGCAUGGACGGCGACGAAAAGGAUCUUCAAGGUCGCCCACUCGAAUUCGGGCCAUCAACGAUAUGCCUGUCGAUGGCCCACCCAAAAGAACGAUGCGUCGGCAGCAUCGAUCUGCAGGCGAUAUCAAUAUGAUGUUGCGAGGACGCGAUGUAUCAUCCAACGCGAAUUUCUCGUGGUCCAAACAAGACAUCAAGGUGGCUGGUGAAUGUCGAAGUGGGACACCUGACGUCCCUGCCGGCAUUCCUGGUUCGAUCCAGUUUGUUCCUGGUGGUGCAAGUUGCAAUGGAAGGCUUUCCGGAUUCAUGGGCCAAGACGACUUGGGUCGUGGCCCGCGUGAUGACAACUCCAGGAUUAGCCGUGAGGACAGUAGCAGGUUGUCACUCGACAACCUCGAGUGCACACCGCACGCUGUACACGUGCAAGCAUCCCAUCAUGUCCCCACUGAAAUCAUUCAACGGACACUGGACGAAGCCAUUGCUUCAUUGGGAGGAGUGGCGUCGCGCAAGAGCUUUUCAAGCUUUCCCAAGGCUUCCUGCCCUCCAGCUUCGCGACCCCGUCGUCGCAGCUUUGUCAAGAAGGACGAUAGAUUUCGUCUUGACGACUCCAAACGUACGACAUCCACCAUGUCGAGCACAAUGACAAGCACAAUGUCUGAGCUUAGCAAUAUUCAAAUUUCCAUCGUCCAGCCUCCAAAGCCUUGGAUCUGCAUUUGUGGUGCAGAGAAUGAUGACGACUUUAACUUUUGCGGCAUGUGCGCCUCCAAAAAGUUGUGGACCUGCAGUUCCUGUCAGUUUGAUCGGAACAAGUGUCGCUUUCCUCACUGUGGAGGAUGCGGAACCCGAAGGUCGCAAGAUGCAUGA